GUCGACUGUGUUUUGGAUUAGGAUUCACUAUCUCUGGGCCGGCGUGAAGGAAGGCCAACGGCUUCGACGUCAAUAACCUGUAGAUUUACAUCGACAAGCCAACGAGCAAUGAGUCCAUGGAGAAUCCUGCUACUCUGUGCCGUGUGUAUUCAUCAAGUGUGCGGUAGAGAGGAACCUAUUACUGGUUACCUCGGCCAAUCAGUCGUCUUGAAAACUGGUGCAGACGCAUCAUGGACCCUCACCAAAGUUCACUGGUCCAUUUAUACAAACACAACAUUCAUUGCAAGUCUAAAGGAUGGUAAUGUGACUUUAUAUCCUUUUUGGACACAUCGUGGUCGGCUUGAGCUCGACAACAAAACGGGAGAUUUGACAAUAAAAAAUUUGACUAUGGACGACAGCAUGAUCUACACUGUGACCCUGGUCUCCUCCAAUGAUGUUCGAAACAACACUGAAUUUCAACUCACAGUCCGAGAACGACUCAAUGAACCGGAGAUCCAGAAAAUGCUUGAUUCCCUCAAAGACGGCCAAUGCCACGUGGCCCUUAAUUGCACUGCGUCUCACCAAAAUGUGAAUCUGUCCUGGACUCCCGACGGAGAGUUCAACGGAUUGUAUAUUUCUGGAAACGCCGUCGGCUCUUCGUUGGUUCUUUUUACGUCAUUCAGUGGAGACCGAAACGUGACGUUCAACUGCACCGCCUCCAAUGGUCAACAGACAGAGACCAAACAAAUCACAGUGGGAUGUUCAGAAGAGAAGUGUGAAGUCUGCAACACUGGCAGUUCGUGCGGUUCAUGCACUCCGUCUGUGAUGGGGGCUAUUGUGAUUACAAUUGUGCUUCUUUUGCUUGUAGCAUAUGCAUUUACAAAGAGAGAAAGAAUUAAAGAUGCCUUCACUGCCAUACUCCGUUGCUCCUGGAAUCUAAUAACACAGAGAUCACAGAAGUAAUGGACUCAGCGGUUUACAGCAACACUUAUCCUAGGUCUUCCUUUUUUGAAGUGGUAGCAGUCCUGACUCCGGGGCCUCUGGUGGUGAGGAAAAUAAGAGACCCUACCAAAUGGGACAAGACAUGGAGGACAAAAACACUUC